GCUCGAGAGGAGUCCGCAAGACAUCGGCCGGGAACCUUGCGACGACUCUUCGGAUAAUGUAAAGUCAACCGCUUGAGUUAGGCACUUUUCUCUGUAUAAAACAUUGCUCUUCUGUACGCCAUUUGCUCAACUGCAACUGAAUCCAAAAGUCUCAACCACAGCUAGUGCUCAUGGCGAACUCACGACAGCCAGGCGGUUUCUGUGGAGGAUAUGCAGGGGAGAUGGGUUUCCAGUCAUAUCCGAACACUGGAACGGGCUAGGUUUCAGCCUGAUCUUUACCUUAAAUCACAAGGUUUUUAAGUUGAUGAGUAUUAACUCGGUUAACAUCCAAAUGAUUCAAGUUGUUUCCUCAUUUGUGUUUUGUAAAGAAGUAAUUGAAAUCAUGUGCGAUGUUAUGGUCUUCCUUGAUGUUGUUUAUGUGAAGAGAUUAUUUUCAGUUUUUCUUCGUGAUGAAAGUUUUCAUGCCCAAAUCCGUUGCCUUUAUAAGUGCUACAGUAUUUCUCCCUCACCUGAAGCUCACGAUCGAACACCAAGAAGAAGAUAAAGAUUUGAACAAAUUACAAGAUAAGAAUUGACUAAAUUCUAUUAACAUGAUCUCAUUAAAAUUAGUACCGUGAAUUCCUUGACUUUUUGCAGGUGAUCCAAAAAACUACCCCGAUGAUAUAUUUGAACUUUUUGGAUCCCCACAGAAUCCAACCAUGGAGAUGCAAAUUAACAGCCAACAACACCGUCAACCAGAUGGAACGAUUCAUGGAAAUGGGUUUCCAGAUCCAACCAAUAUCUAUGUUCAAACAACUGGUACAUCUGACAGCCAACAACAUGCUCAACCAACUGGAAAGAGUUAUCAAAUUAGUGUUUCUGUACCGCUGAGUUCAGAUCAAACCAACAUCAAUGUUCAAACAACUCGCACCCCGAGAAUGACUCCGGAGGAGCAGGCUGCGAGGAAGAAGGAAAACGACAAAAGAUUCAGGGAAAAAAAGAAGAAAGAGAGGAUAGAAAUGGAAAGCAAAUUGAAGGAAUUUGAUGAUGAAAAUAAGAAGUUAAAGAAGAAGAUUGCAGAUUUGAUUCAAAAUUUGCAAUCUAAAACAGAAAUGAUAGAAAAGCUUAAAAGCGAUCUUGACGAAUUGAAGCAGCAGAGCGAGAAGGAAAGUGCCAUUGAACGAAAGCUAUUAAAAAUUAAGGAUUUUAAAAUGUUCAUAAAUGAGGGGACCAAACAUUAUAAGGAGCCAACACAAAAUCAAUUUCCUUCAGAUGAAGAAAGGCACUCCGAAGAACUUUUAGCUGCUGCAAGGCCUGUUGCUGUGGAGGGUGAUGACUCCGGGGAUGAAAAUGGUGAUUCGAAAAAGAAAAAGAAGCGUGCAGCUCCUUCAGCUCCAAGUGGACGUCGUUCUGGCAAGGUUCCCAGGGUUGAAGAUAUGGAUGAUGAGUUGAUCGAAACAGGGCAAGUUACAUCAGCUGCAAAGAGAGUGUGUUUUGAUGCCAGAGCUCAUCAGAGACAGGGAUCUACAAGUAAUCCUACUGCCAUGGUCACUGAUCCUUACUCCAUUACUGAAUGCCUUCGUAUUUUAAAUACCAUGGGAGGCAUACCGUAUUCCAUCGUAAAGAAAGCAAAAGCUAAAUUUGAAUCACAAGAUGAAAGGGAGUACUUUGUUGGACUAACUGAUGAAGAUUGGAGAAGGGGCUGGGUGAAAGACCUGGAGGAUUCUUAGAGAAGUUUUCUUUUGCAUUCUUCUAUUUUUGGUAUUCUGUAACGACUUUUGCACAUGUUAAGAUUAAUAUUUUUUGGACCAUCUUAGUUCUUUUCUGCAUUCUAGGUAUAUGCAAAGUAGAAGAGGGAGCUAAUAACGGACUUUCUUGUCA